CCAGUAGGCCAUGGUGGCCGAGAUAAAAGUACAUGAAACUAAGUGAAUGUUGGGAGUUUCCUGUUCGAAGACAAACUGCGGAUUAUGCCAGCGCAUACAAAAGCCACAUCCGAUCAUGUAAUACUAUCUGUGAGACUCGCCUCAAGCCCCCUGUAUAUGUGUAGUUGUCAAGACAGUUCAAUCUUAAGUUAUGUUUGUUAGAACAUCACUUGACAAGGUCAUGAUCAAACAGCGUAAAGAAGACAGGAAGAGAAGAAGGAGCAGGGCAGUUAAGAGGCAAAAGAAAGGAAGGAGAAGAAGUGAACGAGAGGAGCAACCAGAACAUCAAAGUCGCAUCUGGGACCAAUGAGAUGCUGAGUGUUCUUGUAUUGUACAACAAGAGCCCUGGCGCCCUGAAGCCGCUCGUAGGCAAUGGGCUGGUGCGGUAUAACAAACGAGAAUUCACUGACUCGGGGGACC